AUGCAGACCGGACCGGGGGAGCGGAGGAGACAGGCGGGCCGGGCCCGGCGAGGGGAGAGCGGCCACAGCCGAGCAGAGCCGCGGGGGGGGAACCAGCCGGUGGUCCCAGUCCCGAGUGCCAGGAGGUCCGGGGAGGAGGUGGUGAGGGGUAGGAGGGCAGCGUCGGAGGGGCGUGGGUGGAGCGAGGAGACGGGGAGGCUGAGGUGGAGGAUCAACGAGCUGGAGAAGGAGAAGCUGGAGCUGACAUCCACCCACAACCAGGAGCUGUGUAACCUGCAGGCGGCGUUGACUCGGUUCAGGUCAUCAGUGGAGCGAGGUGAAGCUCAGAAGGUGGAGCUUCAGUAUCAGCUGACUGUGAGUCAGAGAGACGCCGAGCGAGUGGCGGAGCUCAGCAGAGACAAACACAGUCUAACAGAGCGAGCAGCAGAACUCCAUCAGACGGUGCACGACCUACAGAAAGCUCUGGAGAUCACCCGACAGGCUCGAGAGGAGGACCAGCAUGCUUUGCAGCAGGAGGUCGAGGAACGAGACAAACUGAUUCAAAGCUUCAGCUCCGAGAACCAACAACUGAGACAACUACUGCAGGAGCAGGAGGAGGCUCUGCAGGAGUCAGAGACGAGGAUAGCCGAGGUGAAGCAGGAGGGAGAGAAGGAAGCCGAGGUGAACAGACGACUAGCCGGGGAACUGAAAUACCUGAUGGAGAGAGAGGAGAGGAGCAGGAGGGAGAAGGAGGCGUCUGAUCAGAGGGGGAGGAGCCUGGAGUCGAACAUCGAGGCGGAGCGAGCGGCUCACCUGGAGUCAAAGUUCAACGCCGAGCUCAUCCAGCUGCGGGUGCGAGACCUGGAGGCCGUAGUGGCGGUGGAGCGGUCUGGCCAGCAGGAGGCGCAGUCCAGCCUGGAGCUGCUAAGGACUCAGUUCAGAGAGGUGGAGAGAGCCUACACCCUGGAGAGAGAGAGGAGCGGCAGCACGGGGCAGGCUCUGGAGCGGAUGCAGAUGGAGUACGAUCAGUGUAAGUCUGACCUCACCGUUGCUCUGGAAACGGAGAGGACGAUGACCUCUGACCUCACAGAGAAGCUGGAGGAGGAAAAGAAACGACACAGCAACAUACGCUCACUGCUGGAACAGUCUGACACUGAGGAGUCUCAUAUGAACUUUGUGCAGAAGAUCAGAGAGACACUCCACCAACACAUAAACACAGGUGAACACACACAGGACACAGGCUGUACUUCCCCUGCAAUGCAUGAUGGGAAACCGAGUCCUUCUGCCGAGCUGCUUCAGCUGCUGAAGACGACGCUCGUCACGUCUCGGCUCGGACUGGAGGAGACGGAGAAACAGGUCCAGGAUCUGCUUCUACUGAACCAAAGGCUGAGGGAGGAGAACCACAGCCUGCAACAGCUGAGCUCAGAUCAGAGCCGACAGAUCCAGGUCAGUGUGUUGGUCAAACUGGAGGAGGAGGUGACUCGCCUUCGCCAGGAGAGCUCUGAUUGGUCGACGCAGAGCCGCGGUCUGCAGGCCGAGCUGCAGAGAGAGAGAGAGGAGAGGGCGGCUGAGAUCCAGAAGAUGGCGAACAACUACGAGAACGAGUCAAAGGCUCGUCUGUCCUUCCUCCACUGUCUCUACCAGCGCCUCCUGGCCGGCUGCGUCCUCCUCACUCAGCCCCACAGCAUCCUGGGUAAUUUCACCUGGACGGAGCUGUGUGAUGUCAUCGGCGAGCAGGUGGACCGGCUGAGCUCGGACCUCCACAAGGCCAACGACAAGGUGAGCCGCCUCAAGAGCGCGUGCGAGAAGAAGAGCGUGUGCGUCCGUGAGCUGCAGCGCCACCAGCAGCGUGCGUUGUCUCGUGUGGAGGAGGGCGUGAGGAGGAGGGAGGAGGCCUGGGGCAACCAGCUGACGCAGCUGCAGAACGAGCUGCAGGUGAGUCGCUCUCAGUGCGACUCUCUACGGGAUCACCUCUCCUCCUUCGAGCUCCACCGCUCCUCCCUGACCUCCGACCUCGCUCGGCUCCGGGGCCUCCUCUCCAAGAGCCGCAGGGAGUCGGCCUCCCUCCUGUCGGCCUGCACCCUGCUGGCCGGGGCGAUGAAGCACACCCACCACCGCCUGGGGACGCUCUGUGAGCAGAAACGCCUCCUGGGCAGGCGCCUGGCGGAGAGGGAGGUGCUAGAGGAGGAGGUGAGGAGGCUGGCCAACGCUCUGGGCGACGAGGAAGACGACGAUGAGGAGGAGAGAAGAGGGAGGAUGGCGGUGAGGAGGUGGAGGAGGAGCGUGUGGGCGGUGUUGGCAGUGAGGAGGUGGUGCACGCUGGCUAAACAGACGACGGUGUUGUUGCGGGUGGUCAGAGGAGGCGGGGCUCCGGCAGUGUGUGUCUGUGGAGAGACGGCUACGGCAACACGGAAGGUUCAAAACAAACCAGGUGCAGAUGAGGACGAUGGUGGUGAUGAAGGUCGUGAUGGCGUGUGCGCUCGGUGGCUUCGCUCUAAAAGCCUCUCCUCCACCAUCAUGUCCUGCAUGGCCGACCUGCAGGGGGCGCUGGCACACACCGGCUCCGCCCCUCCAAAGGUGAUGGCUGCAGCUCAUUCGGGUUUGUCCCGCCUCCUCGAUCACCUCCUCAACCAAUCAGACACAGUGUCCUGCAGAUUGACACCCCCGCAGCUGAACUUGAAGGCCCUGGUGUCCACCCUCCAGCAGCACUUCCUGCUCUUCAGCCAACGGCUGCACUCGGCCGAGGUGGAGAGGCGGAGUCUGAGGCUGGCGGCAGCCAAUCUGAAGAGGGGACGGCGACGGGAGGGAGAGGACACCUGCAAGACGGUCCCGGAUGAGCGUCUCCACAGCGUGUGUGUGGAGCUCCGUGAGGCUCUGACCAGAGAGCGGGAGGCUCAGUCGUUGAUCCAGGAACAAACCGACCGGCUUCACACGCUGCAGCUGCAAGUGGACGCACACACCCGCGAGGGAAGCGACACACAACGCACUCUGAGCCAAACCACACAGGUUCUGUCCGCGGCUCAGCAGGAGGUGAGUCGGAAGGAGCGCUCGCUGAGAAUUCUGGGUAAACACCUGUCAAGUGUUCAGAGUGAGAGGAAGCAGCUGGAGGAGAGACUGCAGCGAGCUGAGGACGAGCUGAGGGACGCCUCCAGACAUAACGAUGAACUGAUCAGCGACAUGAAGGCAGCGGAGACGAGCAACAAAAAGGUGACGCCGUUUCCUGAUGAAACCUCCCUGGUCAUAGACGCGGAAACGCCGGUUCCCCUCACCGGUCAGGAGGCGGAGUCUAAACCAUCAGGCCCCUCCCACCACAACCAGGCACCGUCCUCCUUCCCCCUCACCAAACCCCCAGCGGCCAAAAUGAAGGAGAAGAAAACCACGAAGAAGAAGAACAGAGGACACGUGAAGAGCGGCGGGAGGAAGUAG